AUGCCAUUCAUCUCUUCCAACAGACCAGGGUCUGAUGAGCUUUUACAGGUGGAGCCUUUGGUGUGGAUGCUCCACGCAAUUCUCAAGCCCCGAGACGAAGAAUACGCCUGGGGUGCGUCUCUGCUGGGGUCUGAACGCCGCCUCGCUCUACCCAAAGAUCCACGCCGUGUCCUAAAGGUGCAGCUUGAUAUCUACCUCAUGUUGCCCACUCUCGGCCGAGGACUCAAUUACACGCAUCACCACGUUCACGACUUUCCUUCAACGCCUCAUCUUCCGUCAAUUCAGCUUUCUCUUCUGGAACUUAGGACUCCAGGCCAUUUCAUCCUCCUAAAUCACAUCUCUUCUACCAAUCCGACAACCCUCGUCACCCCGAAGCAGUUGCCAAUUCAACGUCGUUCUUGA